CUUCCGGCGCGCACGUGACGCGGCACACGUGACCGACAGCGGCGCUGCGAUGGCGGCUGGGCUGGCCCGCUGCCUGCUGCUGCUCGGGCUGGUGGCGCGCGGGCCCGCGCCCGCCGGCGCCGCCAAGAUGAAGGUGGUGGAGGAGCCCAACACGUUCGGGCUCAACAACCCCUUCGUGCCGCAGACCAGCCGCCUCCAGCCCAAGAGGAGCCCUUCUCCCGUGUCCGGGCCAGCCCACCUCGCCAGACUCUCCGGCAAGUGCUUCAGCCUGGUGGAGGCCAUGUACAAGUAUGAAUUCUGCCCCUUCCACAACGUGACCCAGCAUGAGCAGACCUUCCGCUGGAACGCCUACAGCGGCAUUCUGGGUAUCUGGCACGAGUGGGAAAUCGCCAACAACACCUUCACCGGCAUGUGGAUGAGAGAUGGGGAUGCCUGCCAUAUGCGAAGCCGCCAGAGCAAGGUGGAGCUUGCCUGCGGGAAGAGCCACCGGCUGGCCCAGGUGUCGGAGCCCAGCACCUGCGUGUACUUGAUGACCUUCGAGACACCCCUGGCCUGCUCCCCUCACACCCUGCUCGUGUACCCUGCCCUGCCUCCUGCCUUGCAGCACCAGUGGGACCAGCUGGAGCAGGACCUGCUGGACGAGCUCAUCACCUUGCAGGGUCACAGGAAGCGGCUGCGGGCGCUCUUUGAGGAUGCGGGCUACCUGAAGGCCCCAGAAGAGAGUGGGCUGCUGGCUCAGCAGGGCAGGGGCUCCAAGGGGCUGGUGUUUGACACCUUGGAGGGGUGUAGCCAGGCGCACAGAAAGCUGUCAGAGGAGGUGAAGCGGCUACAGGCACUGCUGGCCUGGCAUGGCAUCCCUCUCCAGGGACCCACAGAAACACCCAGUUUGGAGCAAGGGACCCCCAAGAAACCCACAGAAAGAACAGAGCAGCUGCGCGGAGACCCAGGGCUGCAGGGGACGCACCGGUGACCACGCUCAGAGGCCACACAGAACCAGGUGUCAAGACCUUGAUGGACUCCUCAGGGAGAAGAGCCGCACCCAGCACAGGUGUGAGAAACAGCACCUGUGUGCUGCGAAUACUCCCUCUGCUAGAAGAAACAGAGCUUUCCCAGCAGAACGCUCAGGCAUGUGGGGGCUGAGGGCUCCCACAAAUGACUGCCCUGAGCUGGGGUCCGUUAAGCACCCAGCCCCUCCAGCUGAGCUCCCACACCAGAAACAACUGGCCAGGCUGUUUAGAUGUAUUUAUAAAGUUUAACAGUCUGUGAUUUGAGAA